ACAACCUGAAACCAAACACGAUAUUCACAUCCUCUUCCGCCCUCAAUUUGCUUCCAAAAACAAACACAAAAAAAAAAAAUCAACUUUCCGAAGCUCCUCCCCCUCUCUCUCUCUCUCUGCGACGGCGACGGCGGCCCUGCACGGCGGUGGUUCACCUUUGCCUCUCUCUUAACCUCGAAAUCUGCAAGGUAUGUGAAAGCUGUCAAAAAGCAGUAUGAGCAACGACAUAUUUGAUGGACAAGUAUUAGCAGAGAAGUUGUUGAAACUCAACAAUUCACAACAAAGCAUUGAAUCACUGUCUCGUUGGUGUAUUUCUCACCGGAAGAGAGCAAAAGAAAUAAUCGAAACAUGGGAUAAAUUGUUCAACGCAUCCCAGAAAGAUCUGCGUGUCUCUUUUCUAUACUUGGCUAAUGACAUCUUGCAAAAUAGUAGGCGAAAGGGUAGUGAGUUCGUCAAUGAAUUCUGGAAAGUUCUUCCAGUGGCUCUCAAGUGUGUUUAUGAAGGUGGUGAUGAACAGGGGAAGAAAGCUGUGACCAGACUUGUUGACAUAUGGGAGGAGAGGAAGGUUUUUGGUUCCCGAGCUCAGGGUCUUAAGGAUGAAAUAUUGGGUAAGAAUCCCCUCCUUCCAUCCUCUGCAAGCAAUGGAAAGAGUUCAAAUUCUAUAAAGAUAGUGAAGAGGGAUGCCCACUCAGUGAGAAUAAAACUGGCUGUUGGGUGUUUGCCAGAAAAAAUACUAACUGCAUUUCAGUCGGUUUUUGAUGGACAUCUCGAUGAGGAAGCUGCCUUAAACAAGUGUAAUGAUGCUGUACAUGGUGUGGGUAAACUUGUGGAAGAUGUUGAAAAUACAUUGGCUCAAGGAAACCAGCUCGGAUCCACUUUGGUCAAUGACUUGCAAGAGCAGGAAAAAGAGCUUAAGAAUUAUAUGGAGCAACUUGAAAAUGCUGGGGCUGCAAGGGCCUCUUUGCUUUCUCAGCUUAAAGACGCACUGCAGGAACAAGAAUCAAGGCAAGAGCAUGUUCACGCCCAGUUACAGGUUGUACGAGACCAGAUUGAGAAAGCAGCUGGUAUCAAGAAGCGGCUUAAUCAAGCAGCUGAAGCCACAUUUCCUUCAGUUCAACAAAACAGCACCACUUCUCAGCCUACUUUUACCCAACCUUCUAUGUCAUUUGCUCCUUCUAGGGCUUCUGAUGAUGAUAACAAGAAGGCAGCAGCAGCUGCUAUGGCUGCUAAGCUUGCUGCCUCUGCAUCCUCUGCCCAGAUGCUUACAUCAGUUCUUUCUUCUCUAGUAGCUGAAGAAGCUGCCUCAAUGAAGGGUAGCUUAAACUCUACUGGAUUCACAUCAGGGUUACCUGCUUUCAACCAAGAUAAAAGACAAAAACUUGAAAAGCCAGCGCCUGUUUCUGAUGUUAACAACAGUUCUGACAUGGCUAACUCGUCCUUCUAUGCCAACUUACAACAACCAUCAACCAACAUGCAGAACAUGUCUCAAGCCAAUCACUUGCAAGCUGCAUUUACUUCAGCACCCCCUCCCAUGCCUCAUUCUUCCGCAAAUCAACCAUAUGGCCAAUCAACUGGUAUGAUGGCUGGGGGAAUUCCUUAUGGAUACGGAUCGAAUAGCUUACCACCUCCGCCUCCUCUGCCUCCACAUGUGGCAAUGGGGAUGUCUAUGCCGAGUCCUCAGCCAGCACAGCCGCAACAGCAGUCACCGCCAGGAUUUUACAGGCCAUCUGGCAUGGGGUUUUAUGGGCAAAGUCACCCAUCAACACCACCCCCAGUAUCUAGACAGUGAGCAUUGUCAUAAGACAUGAUCUUUUGUAGCAAGUUCCUCUGGGGAAUUGCUGUAGGUUAAGGAUUUUCCCAGAGGCUGUGUAAUUCUGUAAGAUAUUAGAAAUUUAGAUGUGGUCAGAAUUUAUCUGUAGGCUUAAUAUACCCCUGCCAUUUUUUGUCUUUUGCCUACUGCCUAAUGGGAGGCUUUUUCCUAUCUUAAUUGUACUUUUGUUAAUCUCUGUAUUAUUGGUAAUGUUUGACUUUGACUUUU